UCUCUACUCUUGUCUUCUCUGUAUUAAAUGUUUAUAACCUCUAAAUAUAUAAUCUCACACUAAUUUAAGAAAACAUUGAAUAAUUUUAUUCACAUUGAUUACUUAAGUAAUGGCUAAAUUCCAUAAUUAUUAUGUAUUAUGCCCACUGAUAGAUCAAAAAAGUUUUCUUGGUGUGUCAAGAGACAAAGACUCGGGAAACGUUCUCGUCACAUUAGGAAAAAAUGUUGUAAAUAAAUACCGGCUCUCAGAUCAAAAACAGGUCGGUGGCUGGACUUCAAAAGAUCAUAUAACAGGUACUGUUGUCUAUGAUGAAGAACAGGACUCUUAUGUUGGAGUAUUCAAUAAUAAUACUAUUAAAAAGUGGAUGGAAGAUUCUGAAAAUCUAGAUAAAGUUAAAAAGUACAAGUUUCCGCUAAAUAUUUUGAAACUCAUUAGAAGACAAAAGCAGCCUCCACUUAUAAUAUUCAGCAAUGGCAACUGUGCAUCUUUACCGUACGCGAUUGAAAACAGAAAAACAUAUGAAAGCAAAUCUAUAUUAAAAGAGGGUGAAGAAAUUAUAGAUACUUUUUGUCUGACCAUUGGAAAAACUGAUUUUUUAUGUUACGUAACAAAAUACAAAAAAGAUGAACAAGAUAGAUAUGAAAUUAUUCACUGUCAGAUUAGAGAUGAGCUUGGUGACAUGGACAAGUUUAAAUUGGCCAGGAUAAAGGUGACCAGAUCGGAAAAUGUGUAUGUUGUUGGUGAACUGAUAGUGACAACCAACAAUAAAUAUUUUGUAUACAUUUUGUGGAAUGAUUCAAAAAUGACAGUGUGUGAUGUUGAAACAAAACAGUGGGAGGUCGUGGGAACAGUACCCUGGAUUUCCACAAUGUCUCCUGUAUCACUUGCGUACAUGGAAAAGGACCACCUUAUUUUGUUCGGAAACAAUUUAGACAAUGAUGGAGCAGUAAUCUUAGUAUAUAAUGUACUUCUUGGUAUUGGAUCAUACCGAUAUCCUAUGAAAAUGUACUCCGACAAUGCAAAAUUGUAUUGUAUAAAAAAGAGGAUAUUAUUAGAAGCCACUAAUCACAUUGGUAUGUUACCAUAUGUGUUAGAAUCCAAUAGAAAUCUGUCCAGCCUUCUAGGCUCCCAUGAGAUUGGAAAAGACGAAUAUACAAAAGUCGCACACUGGGCCAAAACUAAAGACCCCAACUACAAUGUAAAUAAUGAAAUAAAGGAACUGAUAAAAUAUGGCUUAACAGAGAGGAGCAUUUGUGCACAAUUAAUAACACCACUAUUACAGAAGAAUUCAGCUGACAAAAUAAAGAAGUUGCUAAACAAUUUCAGAGAUAUCCCUGAAUCAGUUCUGUCCGUUUUAUUGAGGCAUGCUAUAAAUUUGUUGCGGCUAAACGAAGUUGAUAUUACUGACAAAGAAGCAGCUGUCAGUUUGUUUAACGACUUGUUCCAUAAUGAAACACUAAGGCAAAGUCAACUUCUAAAUUAUGUAUUGCAAAUAUCAUUCAGUGAUGCACUAUUAAUACCACAUUUGAGAGAGCUGUUGACGUUGAGCGAUACAUUGUUUCUUAUGAGUUACAUAUCACAUUUACUGACAGAUCCCCUGAUCCCCGUUGGUGUGGAGAUGGAGGACAAACUCUGUGAUUGGUGCAUUUUAUUAAUGGACGCAUUCUAUCAACAAUUUGUAAUGACAAAAGAUGAAAAAGUCACGCAAGUGUUAGAAAAUGUAUUGAAUUCUGUAUUAUAUCUGACAAAUCAAUUGUUCAAAAUUGAUAAAUUUCUGCCCGUAUUAAAUAAACUUCUUAAUGGUAAAACCACUGAUGAUUAUAAUGAUGAAAAGUUAUCAUAUAGUAUAGAAAUGAUGGAAAUAUAAUUAAUAAACUAUCUGUUUUUAUUA